AUGGCUCCUCAAGUUUUCAUCACUGGUGCUACCGGUUAUAUUGGCGGAGACGGUCUCUACGCCGUCGCUAAUGCCCACCCUGAUUGGGAGUUUGCAGCUCUAAUUCGCAACAAGGAGAAGGCCUCUGUGGUUUCCAGCAAAUACCCCAAGGUCCGAGUUGUACACGGCGACCUCGACUCCGCCGACACCAUCGAGGAAGAGGUGAAGAAAGCCGACAUUGUUUUCCACUUUGCGGAUUGCGACCACGUCGCUUCAGCAGAGGCAAUUGCUAAAGGCGCCAAGCACCACACCCCCGAGCGACCUCUCUGGAUCAUCCAUACCUCCGGAACUGGCAUUCUGACUGUGGAGGACCAACGCGCAAACACAUACGGCAUCAAUCGUACUAAGGAAUACAACGACUGGGAGGGUGUCAAUGAGCUUGUCAAUCUGCCCGCAGAUGCGCUGCACCGAAAUGUCGACGAAAUCAUCAUUAAUGCUGGCAAGGGCAACCCAACCGGUGUUCGCACCGCUAUCGUUUGUCCCCCAACAAUCUACGGACCGGGCCGUGGACCUGGAAACACUAAGAGUGUUCAAGUCUAUCUACUCAGCUCAGCUGUGAUCAAGCGCGGUCAGGGCUUCUUAGUUGGGCCGGGCGAGAACGUCUGGCACCAGGUCCAUGUUCAGGAUCUGAGCAAUGUCUACCUCGCCCUGGGUGAUGCCGCUAGCGAGGGCGGCGGCAAGGCCACCUGGAAUGAUGAAGGAUACUACUUCGCUGAAAAUGGCUCAUUUGUCUGGGGUGAUGUUCAGCGCGCCGUGGCUAAAGCUGCGUUUGAUCAAAAGUAUAUCGAGUCGCCUGAAGUUGAGACUUUGGAUGCGAAGGGAACUUCGGAAAUCCUUUCUGUCGGUCUCUAUGCUUGGGGCUCAAACUCUCGUGGCCAUGCUAUUCGUGCACGAAAGCUGUUUGGUUGGGAGCCUAAGCAGCCAAAGUUAAUUGACUUGAUUCCGGAUAUUGUUGCUCUUGAAGCGAAGGGUCUCGGGCUGUAA